AUGAGGCUUGCAUCAACAGGAUUAUUCACAGAGUUCCUGGAGCCCUUUGAGAGAGUGAUCCAGCCAGAGGAGCAGUGGCUCUACAAAAAUCCCUUGGUGGAGUCGGACCACAUCCCCAAGAGGGUCAUGUUCGCGAUUUCAUUUCUCACUCCGUUGGCUGUGAUAUUUGUGGUGAAGAUCAUUCAGCGGACAGAUAAGACAGAAAUCAAGGAGGCGUGUCUAGCUGUCUCACUUGCUCUGGCUUUGAAUGGAGUCUUCACAAACACUAUCAAGUUGAUAGUUGGCAGACCCAGGCCAGACUACUUCCAGCGCUGUUUCCCAGAUGGACAGGUGAAUAUUAAGAUGCUGUGCACCGGAGAACCAGACCUAGUGUCAGAGGGACGCAAGAGUUUCCCCAGCAGCCACUCCUCCUUUGCGUUCUCUGGCUUGGGCUUCACCUCCUUCUACCUGGCUGGGAAGCUGCAGUGCUUCACAGACCGGGGCCGCGGUUACAGCUGGCGUCUGUGUGCCAUGUUGCUGCCCCUGUACAGUGCUUUGAUGAUCGCCCUGUCCCGCACCUGUGACUACAAACACCACUGGCAAGAUGCCUUUGUUGGAGGGGUGAUCGGCCUGCUUUUUGCUUACAUCUGCUACCGACAGCACUACCCCCCGUUCCUGCACAUGGACUGCCACCUGCCUUAUGCCAGUCUGGCCAAAGCCCCCCACCUCAUCUCUGCCCAGGGCGAUCCUCGGGUCCUGCCCACUGAGAACGCCACCAGCCUGCCUCUGAAGGGGCUGACGGAGGGGCCUCUAUGACUCCUGCCUACCCCUACCUCCAGACACAGUCUCUAACCCCACCCUCACCCCAGGACCACCCAACCCGCUCCCCCUCUCACUAUCUGUAGACUGACUAGCUAGCACUUACAUAUACCAGUGGACAGUGCUGUACCCCCCCUCGCUCUCUCAAUCUUUCUCCCUGUCUCUCACCUCCCUCCAUCCUCACCCUUUGUUUGUUUUGCCUGCCAGAAUCAGAACCCUUUCAGUGGUCUUUAUUUAGAGAGGCUGUGUAUGUAUGGCAUCUGGGAAUAUAGGACAACACUGCUGGAGCAAAAAGGCAAAAGCCCUAACCCAACAUUAAACUGCUAGGAUGUUCAUUACAAGUUGUUGCUCGACAUUUUAUUUACUGCUCACUUCAGUAGAAUGGAGUUAGCUGGUAUAGCGGCUGGUAUCAAUUUGAUGUAGAGUUGGAUGGAAAGCAGAGUGCCUGGUGGGAAUCCCAUUAAAUGUCACAGCAAUGAGGCACUGGGUGUGUUAGAUGUCACAGCUCCCCAAUUUAAUUUAUGACAUAUCUAAUCACUUUGUCAGUGAGGGAAUUCACACUACAAAAUCUGAUAGCUCACACAUUUCUAACUUUGAGAGAACACAUCAACUAUAAUGGCCAGAUAUAUGGUCACUAAUGUUGUCCAAACUGUAUUCUAUUAUUAUUCUAUUAGCCUUGGUCUUAGACCCACAGUCGUUGUUUUUGCAUUGUUCACAUCUCUCCUACUGCUGGUUUUCCAUGGAAACAUAAUGAUAAAUAUAACACCAAUAGGUCGUUAUCAAUAAAAUGUCUCAAUAGCGUUCGAUUUGGCUGCUGGGGGGACAAGGAGACCCCACCAUUGACAACUAUGUGCUGUUUUCAAGGAAUUGUUAAAUAAAUGUUAUUACUAUUUGGUUUUAAUAUCAUCAUCAUCUCUAGAAGAGUAUUCCACACUAAGCUCUAUCAUCACAGUUUUACAGCAAUCAGGAAACAUCAAUUGAACAAUAUCAAGGGCUCCCGAGUGGCGCAGUGGUCUAAGGCACUGUUUGAUUCCAGGCUGUAUCACAACCGGCCGUGAUUGGGAGUCCCAUAGGACGGCGCACAAUUGGCCCAGAGUCG